AUGGCUCUCGCUCCCUCCCUCUGCUUUUUUGUUGCGGGGGGGAGUGGGGUGGGUGUCCUGCAAACGGUCGAGUCUUGUCAUGGCACAGGCAGCGAGCGACCAAAAUGUCGUUGUCCUUGUUCGCUUCCUUUAAGACAAGACUGUCCCGCUGCCGCUCGAACCAUGUCCGUCCAUGCCGUGCCGUACCAUACUCAUUUGGCAGCGAACAACAACGAGAACGAGGACAAACAUAGCCGUCGACACUACCGACACUCACCCACAACAUCCACUGGCAACAGUCCUCGGGUGUCAACCGCCUUGAACCCGUCGAGGUUGGACGCCGAACAGAGAAUUCCGAACCCUGAUUCUCUUCUUCGCGCUCCCUCUCUCAUGUCUCGUCGCUACUACGUCGAGACCUCUCCCUCCGGCCGGCCGCAGUUCGUCACUCUCAAGCGCUCCCGCUCACACCACCACCACCAUCACCACCGGCCCAUCGAGCACGACGACUGCUUCGUCAGCAGGGAGGACUGGAAAGCUCUCGUCGAGCGGGAGCGCUGCCUGCGCGAUGCCAACGACGUGCUGACCCGUGACAACUACACCCUCAAAUGCACCCUGCAGGCCACGGACGGCGAGCUGCGCCGCUACCAGGCCUGGGUGCCGCAGCUGCAGGACCGCAUCCAGUGUCUCGCCGCCGACAACGCCGCGCUCAAGAGGUCGCUCGACAGCGCCGGCGGCCACUCGGAGAAGCACUACCGCGAGAUUGAACGCCUCAAGCAGAGGCUGCUCAAGGCCGACAGGGAGAUUGGGGGACUCAACGACCGCCUCAAGGAUAUGCUGCGGAGGGCCGGCCACGGCGUGCAGGAUCGCAUUGACGACCUGACGGGCAUCAUUCACGACUGGAAGCGCAAGUUUGAGGUCGUGGACGAGCACAAUAUUCGUUUGCGGCGCGAUCUGGAUAAUCGAAACUCAGUCAUUUCGGAGCAGUGCGAGCGCAUCGAUGCGUAUGAGCGGAUUAUGAGGCGGCAUGGGCUUGUGCCGCGGUGA